AUGUCUCGCCGCAAGCAAGGCAAACCUCAGCACUUGAGCAAACGGGACUUUUCGCCUGAGCCACUAUCAGGCGUUAUACCAGAAGAAGACUGUCAGGAAUCCCCCAGGCUGGGUGUUGCUCAGGAUGAACCCCUAAAAGGGGAUCAGGACCUGCUGACCUGUGGCCAGUGCCAGUCCCGCUUCCCCUUGGCUGACAUCCUGCUGUUCAUUGAACAUAAACGGAGACAGUGCCAUGGGGGUCUCUGUAUGGACAAACCCCUCGACAGGCCACCAUCUUCGCCUCUCUCUUCGCCCCUUUCCACGUCAUCCUCGCACUCAAGGAGCCACCACCCACGUAGGGUAUACAACCCGGUUGAGGUGGCCGUUCAGGUGUCGCCGCAGGAUGAGGAUUGUUUAUCUACAUCCUUGCAAGGAAUAAUCCCCAAGCAGGAGAAUAUCACAGAUAAAGAUGAGCCCAGCAGUUACACCUGCACCACAUGCAAGCAGCCCUUCACCAGCGCCUGGUUCCUUCUUCAGCACGCUCAGAACACCCACGGUUUCCGCAUCUACCUGGAGAGUGAGCCAGGCAGCCCCCUCACCCCUCGUGUAGCCACUGCUCCCGGAAUGGGGGGUGACUGUGCCUCAUCCCAGCCUCCCCUUCAUGCUGUCCACCUGGCUGAUGGUAGUCCUUACAGUCUACUAAGAAUGCCAGGGUCUGGGUCAGGACGGGAUUCGGUGUCUACCCCUCGAGAAGGUCGUUAUCCCAGGACUCCGCCCCUGUUCAGUCCGCCCCCGCGUCAUCAUCUCAGUCCCGAUGACCUGGCCCUGGCAACCCACCACCCCAGCGCCUUUGACAGGGUGAUGAGGCUGAAUUCAAUACCACUUGAACCUCCCCCGAGCAUGGACUUCUCCAGAAGGCUCCGUGAACUUGCUGGUAAUGCCACCGGAGCCUCUCCCCCUCUCUCCCCUAAUCGGCCCAACCCUAUGCAACGGAUUCUUCAACCAUUUCAGCCAGGUUCAAAGCCUCCAUUCUCUGCAACACCGCCUCUUUCAACCUCUCAGUCACCUUCUGGCUCCAGGUCUACCCCCAAUACCACGGCCAACACGGCUCAACCAGGCACGCCAUUAAAGGCAAAGUCUUGUGAGUUCUGCGGGAAGACUUUCAAGUUCCAGAGUAACCUUAUUGUCCACAGACGUAGCCACACAGGGGAAAAGCCAUUUAAGUGUCAUCUGUGUAAUCACGCAUGCACCCAGGCAAGCAAGCUAAAACGACACAUGAAGACUCACUGUCAGAGCAAGUCUUUGGUGCUUAAUAGCAAGUCAGAAGACGGCCUCUCAACAGCCAGCUCUCCUGAGCCUGGUACCAGUGAGCUGAUGGGCAGUGCCACUGAUGCUUUAAAGUCUGUUGUGGCUAAGUUCAAGAGCGAGAACAAUGGUCUAAUCGCUGAAAAUGGGGAAGAAGAGGACGAUGACGAUGAAGAAGAGGAGGAGGAGGAGCAAGAGGAAGAGGAGGAAGAGGAGGAGGAGGAAGAAGAGGAGGAAGGUGAGGAGGAGGAGAUGGAAGGUAAGCCUGUGGUCAGAGAUAGUGAAGAGGACAGGAAUGACUAUCGCUUUAGCCUGAGGUUAGAAGGGGCCCGCCACCACCAGAAUAGUGUGGCCCUGCACCCGCGGCGCCGGAGCUCCUCGCAUGAUCCCGUUGAUGAGGAUUCAGCGAUGGAGUCAGACCGGGCAGAGGAUGUGACCACAACAACAAUGAAUGGUCUUGGACCUUUAUCCACUGACAGCCUGUCCCGGAAGUUGUUGGGCGGAGGCAUUAGCCCAGGCUCCCUUAGUCCUCUGUCCAAACGUAUCAAGGUUGAAAAGGAUCUAGACCCCCCGACACCCACUAUUGCAAACUCAGAAAAUGUCUAUUCCCAGUGGUUGGCAGGCUAUGCUGCCUCACGACAACUCAAGGACCCCUUUAUUAACUUUACUGGUGGAGACUCCAGACAAUCGCCCUUUGCCUCCUCAUCUGAGCACUCUUCGGAGAAUGGCAGCUUGCGCUUUUCGACUCCGCCCGGCGAGUUGGAUGGCGAACGGGCUGCUUCGGGACGCAGCGGCACAGGUAGCGGGGCUAGCACACCCCACGGUGGCAGCGGAAACGGCAGGCCGAGCUCCAAGGACGGCCGCCGCAGCGACACUUGCGAGUUUUGUGGGAAGGUAUUCAAGAACUGCAGCAACUUGACAGUGCACCGACGCAGUCACACUGGAGAGCGGCCCUACAAGUGUGAGCUGUGCAGCUACGCCUGUGCCCAGAGCUCCAAGCUUACGCGCCACAUGAAAACCCAUGGACAAAUGGGAAAAGACGUUUACAAAUGUGAAAUAUGCCACAUGCCUUUCAGUGUCUACAGUACUCUAGAGAAACACAUGAAGAAGUGGCACAGUGACCGUCAUCUGGCGAACAAUAUUAAGACUGAGUAG